GUUCAGGGCCUCUGGAGUGGAAGUCAUGUCUUAGCCUGGCACUUAGAGCAGACUUUCAGAGAUGACUCCGCCGCCCGGGCCGAGAACAAGUGUCUGCAGCGGGACGUUGUGGAGAAGAAACUACCCACCUUCCUCAGCAAGCUUACUGACUGUCCGUGCACUCUGGCACAGGCCCGAGCAGACACAGGCAGGUUUCAUACUGACUACAGCUGUGACAUUAAGCAGGGCAGUGUGUUCACUUAUCACCCCGGUAGUGUCUGCUGUGUCAGAGCAGUUCAGGCCAGCCCUAUGCAUGGAUCAGGGCAGAAGUGCUGUUAUGACAGCACGGGUGCUCUGGUGCUGACAGGAGACUCGAUUGGUGGCAGCACCCCAGAAAGGGCUCACGAGUGGGGAUCACCUCCAUACAGGGAGCCCCCAUGGGUGCCAGGUUACUCCCACGGGCUUUAUGAUGUUACGAGUUUUAUCUACUGCUGCCUGUGGUCUGACAACUGCCACAUCUACCUCAGCCAUCGACCUUCUACGGGAUGUCGUAACUACAAGCCCUCAGAGCAGGUGUUGUCCUCGGAGAUCCACAUUUCAUCACGUUCGAUGGCCUCAGCUACACUUUCAAUGGAAAAGGAGGGUACUACCUUGUGUCUUCACCCGAGUAUAAUGGUCUUAUUUACCACCAAAGGCACACUUGUCAAGGCCACACAGCUGUUGUCAGUGGCUAUGAAAGAGAAGGCCUCUGAUGUCAUUGAGGUGCGUCUAGCAGAGGGCCAUCUUCAGGUGCUAAGGAACCAAAAGCUCCUGUCUUUAACUGAGCAAAGAUGGAUGGACCUUCACGGAGUGUUUGUGUUCACUCCCAGUCCUCACAGAGUAACAGCAAUGUUCCCUUCUGGUGCUGCCGUGGAUGUUUGUGUGCAUGAAGUAACGAUGGCAGUGACUGUCCUGCUGCCAACAGAGUUUACCAACCAAACCCGGGGUCUCCUUGGUGUGAUGAACUCUGACCCAUCAGAUGACCUGUUGACCCAACACAGAGAGGUCAUCUCCUCAGCCAACGCCACAUCGGAGGAAAUCUUCACCUUUGGAGCUGGCUGCAGUAUCUCCAAGGAGUCUUCCCUUUUCACAUAUGACUCAAAGUACCUUUUGGAUACUUACGGUUUCCCACCAAGCCACAACCCUGCUUUUGUUCCUGCCUUUUCUCUACCUGUGAUACCUGACAACCCUCUAGUGGAAGACAUGUUGAAGAUUUGCUUUGGAGAAGGGGCACAGUUCUGUAAAUAUGACACCCUGACUACUCGGCGCCUCACAGUGGGAAAUGCCACACUCAGUGCCUACAAAAACCAUCGGGCCCUAAUGGAAGCCCUGGAGCCAGUGGUGACUUGUGGCUGGCUUCCCACACCCAGGAAUGGGAAGAAGAAUGGGACACAUUAUACACCAAGGAAGACUCUGACCUUCUGCAAUGAAGGCUACAAACUUUAUGGGGCAACACAAUGCACCUGUCUGGAUGAUGGGACCUGGACAGGAGAGCAAUCCUACUGUAUAACAGAUGAUAACAUGGGAUUUGUACUGGCUGCUGUUGGUUCCCUCUCAGUACUGGUCACAAUGGGGGUCAUGAUCGCAAGACACAGCAGGAAACAAGACAGAGAGAGAGAGAAACCGGAGGAUAUGGUAACCCAGGAACAGACUUUCUAAACCAUCAAAGUCCGUUUGGAUUAUGGAUCUCUCAACCUCUCAUUGAAACCUUCAGCUGUGUGGCCCAUGGCAACAAACAUGUUUAGAACUGAGCAUUUGGAUAUCCUAUGCAGUUAUGUUGUUCAUUUGGCUGGUGGUGUUCUCUUGACUUGCUGACCUUAUCAGGAAAACCUCAGGCACUAUUUAGGCUUUCAGCUUGUUGUUUGGCCUCAUGUUUUCCCUCUUGUUUAGAUUGGAAAUGCUCCAGGUCAUGGUAAAUGGGGUGAGGAUUGUGGGUGGGAAAAAUGCCAUGAUUGUUUCUUUUAUAUUCCCAUUUCGCAUGACUGAAUGUCCGAUCUUUGCUAAAGUGAAUUGCAUAAAUACGACAUAGAGAUAUCAUCAUUACAAUCAACACUCCCUUCUCCUGUUCAGUUUAAAAUAGGACCAGAUGUGUUCAUAUACAUGUCAAAUGUGAAGCAAACCUGAUCGUUUCUUGGUUGAAAGACUCUGAACUCAUACCCAGCCUUUGUGUGGCCUCUCAACCUUCAGUCAAACGAAGGGUUUUGACAAGUGACGGAGCCAGAAAAAUCCACAAAUGUUACCUGAAGGUCAACUUUUUGAUCAACACUUGACUUUGUGACUUGUAAAAAUACUACAGAAACUGGACCUGUAGAUUGUUGAUGCAGACAUGAAGAAAGCACAAAUGUAUGUACUUGAAAACAUUAACUGAAUGAGACAUAUCGAUAGUGUAAUUUAAAGUCAGUAAGGAAAACGAUAAAU